CUUACUGUCAGCUAAGCAGCGUCUCUUCUCCUCUCUGCAGACUCUCGGUUGUUUCCUGUUGAGCCGCAGACGCUCUGCACAUCACAGACAUGAACAUACGCAGGAAAGACAGCUUUCUCUGGGGGAGAGCUCCGCCUAAACCCCCUCCAGGAGGGAGCGAUGUGAACAUUUCUAGGUUUGGGCUGCUGGAUGACUUUCAGAUGAAUCAUGCCAUGCCGGAGAUCCUCCGUCCGCACCUGAAGGAGCAGAAUAAAAAUGUUGUGAGGAACAGAAGGUUUUUACGGGGGAAAAAGAAAUUCAAUAUGGACCCCAAAAAGGGGAUCCAGUACCUGGUUGAAAACGGUCUGCUGGAGUGGCGAGCAGAAACAGUGGCUGAAUUUCUGUACAAAGAGGAAGGACUGAACAAAACCGGUAUUGGAAACUUCCUGGGAGAAAGAGAAGAGAUGCACAUCGAGAUCCUGAAAGCAUUUGUUGGUCUGCACGAGUUCUCAGACCUGAACCUGGUUCAGGCGCUCAGGCAGUUUCUGUGGAGCUUCCGUCUGCCGGGUGAAGCUCAGAAGAUUGACAGGAUGAUGGAGGCGUUUGCAGCUCGUUACUGUGACUGUAACCCGGGAGUCUUCAUAUCCACAGACACAUGCUACAUCCUGUCCUUCUCCAUCAUCAUGCUCAACACGAGUCUCCACAACCCCAACGUCAAGGAGAAGCCAAGUCUGCAGAGAUUCGUCUCCAUGAACAGAGCCAUCAACAGCGGGGAGGACCUGCCCACAGAGCUGCUCACGAAACUGUACACAAGCAUCCGCAGCGAGCCAUUCAAAAUCCCAGAGGAUGACGGCAAUGACCUCACGCUGACGUUUUUUAACCCAGACAGAGAAGGAUGGCUGCUGAAAAUUGGGGGCAGAAUUAAAACCUGGAAGAGGAGGUGGUUCAUUCUGACCGACAGCUGCCUCUACUACUUUGAAUACACCACUGACAAAGACCCAAUCGGGAUCAUUCCUCUGGAGAACCUGAGCGUGAGGAAGCUGCAGGAUGCCGGUAAACCGUAUUGCCUGGAGCUGUAUAACCCCAAAGGGCUGAAGAUCAAAGCCUGUAAGACGGAGAACAGGGGACGAGUGGUUCAGGGGAAACAUCAGUCAUAUAAGCUGAGUGCGGCCAGUGAGGAAGAACAAGACGACUGGAUCAACGCCAUCAGAGCGAGUAUCACAAAGGACCCUUUCUAUGACCUGGUCACUCUGCGGAAGAAGAAGCUCAUAAACAGCACGCCAACAAAGGACUGAAAGCCAAACUGUAGUGGAGUCUGGAUCCUGGAGGGGUCUGUGGAUCAUUAAUCCUGUGGAUUUAUAAGCACUGAAUCACAUUAUUGUUUAGCCAUUUGGCUGGAAUUGUCUUCAGUGCAAACAUAAGAAGACAAACACGAGAGACAAAACCAUCACAUUCAUUCAUUCAGACACACAAACAAAUCUAGAUGUGCUUUUUUCUCCUUCAGUGCUUUAUGAGACUGCUCAGGAAAAAAAAAACUUUGAGCAGUUUUUAACAGCAGUGUUCAAAUGAGGAAACUGGUUUCACACUUGCGAAAAAGCAGAACUACUCUAAGCUUUAAUGGACUUUUGCAAACUGCACACCCCACUUCUCAAACUUCAGCAUCUGCUUAAAAACACCUGCUACCUAGUGACUGGCCAGGGCCUUCCCAUCGAAACCAAGUAAAUGAAAGUUCUGCAUUAAUUACUGAACCAAUUACUCUAUGUACUACAGUGUAUGAAGUGACUGCAAAUAACUUGACCUCGUUGGGACCUGGCUGCAAAGAUAAUAGACAGUUGAAACAGUACACAAAACAACCACAUAGAGACUCAAAAUGGUCAUAAAAGUUUCAAAUUGAUCAAAAAUAGACAAAAAAGCAUUGGCAUGCAAUGUAGGAAAGAAGUCAAAAUAAUGGCCACAAGAGGAUAAAAAUUUUCCAAAAUAAGAUGCAAAAUGAAUGCUAAAGAUGGGGGCACACAUUUAAGUUUAGAUGCAACACAGAUAAGCAUUGACAAUUUGAGCUACUUCCUGUUGGUUGGAUGCCUUCAUGGUGUAGAGUACUGUGCAGAACUUUUAGGCACAUUCGGGCCAAAAGUUGAAGUUGAAUUAAGGCAAAGAUCUGGCGAGUAAGACACCUGAAGGCACCAUCAAGGUGGAGGUGGAUUAACACAACCCUGGUCAUGCUCUGGAUGUCUUUGCAUGUUACCAAAGUCAUGGGAGAAUAGUCUGUAAAAAACGUCUACACCUUUAGGUCACAGUAAGGGGUGGAUGUAGCGAGUAAGCACGGCCAAGGGUACCAUCCGUGGCGGAAGUAGGGUUUCCACAAGCCCCUGGUUGUGCUGCAGAUGUCCCAAGGCCCCCAAAAACUGCUGAUGGCAUAACCUGACAUGCCAGAUGGAUUUGUUUCACACAUUCAUCUGGAAAACCUUCUGUAGACAGCGUUUGAGAAAGGGUAGAGCCUUUAAAAAAUUAAAUCGGAGGGUGAUUGGAUAAAUAUUCUGUCUGUGACAUCUUUACGGGCCAACCAGAUCAACAAAACACGUGACGUCAUAGCCCCAAACCAAGGUGCAUCGGUACCAACGAAAAAACUCCACAGCUGCAUAAUGCGAACCAUGGCAGCUGUAGACAUGUCAGUACACGACUUUUGUCGUUUUUGAAAAGAAAACCCAAACGGUUCAGAUGGGAGCUUUGCUAGAUGGAUUUGCCAGAAAGAAACACAGAAACAGGCGAAUCCUUCUGCUUUACAAGGUCACUACGGGUAUAUUCCCCGGGUGUAAAAAAGGCCCAGACAAAAGAGCUGCCGUACAUCAGGCAUAUCAGACCCCUUAAUGAACCCUGCUUUCCUAAAACUCAUGCACAUGAAUCCCUAAGAUACUUGAACUCCUUCACCUGAGGCGGAGACUCACUCCUCACCUGGAGAGAGCAAUCCACUGUUUUACAACAGAGAACCAUGGCAUCAGACUUGGAGGUGCUGUCAUUCCAACCUCUUUGUACUCAGCUGCAAACAGCCCCAAUGCCAAGAUCACAAGUUCAUGUCUUGCUUGUCAAGCAAGACAUGAACUUGUGAUCUUGGUCUUUGGCCUAUACAUUCAAUUACUUCAUCUUUGAGUCAGAGUGAACAUGUGUGCAGAGUUUGAAGAAAAUCCCUCCAAGCUUAUUUGAGAUAUUGCAUUCGCAAGCAGGAGAUGAACAUGAGUCCCAAUAACCUUGACCUAUGACCUCCAAAAUCUAAUCAGUUCAUCCUCAAAUCCAAAUGCUGGUUUAUGCAAAAUUUAAGACAUUACUUGAGGUAUUUCUAAAAUGCUGUGCUUGUAAGACUUAAGUGCCCUUUGACCCCAGGCUUUCACAGUAGGAGUGGUGCAGAUAGAUGGAUAGACAACCUAUAAACAUAAUGCCUUCAUCCCUGACUUUUUGUCAUCAUGGAGGCAAAAAGAAGUCCUUGGAGACUCCAAAAAUCAUGGUAUGACUGUGGCUUCUUGAUUGCAACCUUUUCUCUAGGCUCCUCUGUAUAGUCAUCUGUACUUGUACAAUCUGUUCAAGGCUGUUGGGUUUAUAAAUAGCAGCUAGUGUAGAACUCUGUGCUGAAGAAACAUAAUAUAGAAUUAAUUUACUAUUAUUGCAGCAGUAUAAUAAGAUAAUCCUCUUUUGAUCCCCAGAGGGGUUAUUCAGGCUGCUGCAGCAACACAAGACAGAAAUAGCAGUUAGGUAAAUAGUAUAAAGAUGAAAAUAAGAAAAUAUGAGCCAGUGAAAUUAAAUGGGUGCUCUAUAAAGUGGUAUGCAAAGGAUUAGACCAGCUAUAUGGGAAAAUUUAGAGCACUCUGCACAGUAAAGGGCAAUAUACAGUGAUGAUAUAAAGUGAAUGAAGGUUAUGUAAGUAGCUGUUUGACAGUAUACCAUAAUAACAUGGAAUAAUAUGGUAAUGCAUUAAGAUAUCAAACUUAACAUGUUAUACAAGGAAGGUGCAAUAUACUGUCACUGACCACUUUAUUAGGCACACCUGUUCAACUGGUCAUUAAUGUAAAUAUCUAAUUGGCAAACACAUGGGAGCAGCCAUAGCAUUUAGGCAUGAACAGUCAACAAAAGUUCAGUGCUGAAGUUCAAACCAAGCAUCAUAAUGGGGAAAGGUAAUUUAACUUUGAAUGUGUCUAAAUGCUUUGCUUCAGUCAGGACCACUUUAUCAAGAAACACACAUGAUAUUUAAUGACAAAUUUUUUCUCUUUAUCAGCAGUAAAUUAAUUUUCUGUGCCUACAUGGAAAGCCUAAAGAAGGGAGAGAAGCAGCAAGAGCAGAGCAGACAUCAGUGAAGACAGAAUGGCAUUGAUACAGUAAAAUAUAGAAUAGAGGAGGAGCUGGGUGGAGGAGGAUUACAAAAGCAGCUUGCAUAGCGUAGCAAGGCUAGAGCAGUUUAAAUAUGGCAGCAUGAGUGUAAUUAGCCAUUAGGGAAUCGGAGAGCUGUCAGCUGAUGAGGGCGUGAGAUCAGCUGAUCUCAAACAUAUGGCAGUGCUUGACUCCAAGGCCUCCCUGAACUACUGCUAUUCUCAAAUUCUUGAAAUGUGAUUGGCUGAUUUGGUAUCUUCAUUGAUAAGCAGUUUAACAGGUGUACCAAGUAAAGUGCUAAGUGGACAGGAAUGAAAUAUGUAGCUGUAGAAAUAAAAAAAUAAAGAAUGGAUCUUAUAUCAGAAAGUUUGUAACUAUAAGCUAAAUUUGAAUACCUUUUUCCCUCUGUAAAUUAAAAAUAAAUAUAUAAAAUCCUUGAUUUUUUUAUGUAUUUCACUUUAACUUUAUAUCAUGUUAUGUUACGCUUUUUUAAAAAUGUCAGCUUUUACAGUAAAGUGAUCUAGUGGAAUUGUACAUAAAGUUAAAUGUAAAUAAAGCUAAAAAGCCUUGACAGCUCUUAAAAUUAACUUUUGGAUAAAAAGUACAUAAAAUGUGUAGCUUUAAAGUGCAUUAUUUUCUGUGUAAUUUAAUGAAUUUUUUUAUGGUUUUAUUUUUUGAAGAAUCUGUGUAAAUACUGUGUAAUAAACCUGUUUUUCCUGCAUUUAUUUGUUUGUUUGUCCAACAGAUGGUGCUACAUCAUUACUUUGUUGAGGAGCUGAAAUUCAAAGCCUUUAUUGAGACAACAGAGUCUUUUUGACUUCAUUUCUGCAUUGUUUGAGUGACAUUUUACAGCAGAUAAACUUGUUUUCUCAUUUUUAAUGACAGAAUAAGCUAAACAAGUCAAUUCUGUUUAAAAAGACAUUAACUAACGCUAAAACUUCAAUCAAUCUGUCUUUGUAUAGCUGCAAUUCAUGAAAAAUGUUGUCCUGAACAAAAAGGCCAGGUCUAGACUGUAGUCUGUGUUGUAUUAUGUCCAAAGACCCAACAUUAAUCCACAAGCAGCAAAGCACUAAGUAACAUUUAGCAGAGUUUUAAUGGAAAAUGAAAAUGUUUUCUUAUGUUGCAGCCUGAUGCUACAGUUGCUUCAAUUCAUUUCCAUUAAUCUGCACUUGGAAUCCCAUAACAAAGUAAAAACAGAAUUUAAAAAAACUUUGUAACAUUUGAAUUCAGCUCAAGUUCCCCCAUAUUUAUUGGUCAUUGCUGAGAUGUUUCUACACCUUGACUGGAGUCCACCUGUUGUAAAUUUAAUUGGACAUGAUUUGGAAAGGCACACCCCUCUCUAUAUGAGGCCUCACUGCUGACAAUGCAUAUCAG